ACGGAAACGACCGGUGCGCGUUAUCCGCCAUUGUUGUUUUGAUUUUCGCCGGCACUGAGUACAAUCCAUCUUCAUCUGUGAGAUCUGGCAACAAUUUAAAUUAACUUACACUUAUCCAGGCAUUUCAAAAACAUCAUCAUGUCUAUUGGGGUGCCAAUUAAGGUUCUACAUGAAGCAGAAGGUCAUAUUGUUACCUGUGAAACGACGACAGGGGAAGUUUACAGAGGCAAGCUAGUUGAGGCAGAAGACAACAUGAAUUGCCAGAUGACAGCAAUAACUUGCACCUACAGAGAUGGUAGAGUUGCACAGCUCGAAAAUGUUUAUCUCCGUGGUAGUAAGAUCAGAUUCAUGAUUCUGCCGGAUAUGCUGAAAAACGCACCUAUGUUCAAGCGAGUGAAAGGAGGAUCUGGUGGAGGUGCAGGGAGAGGGAAAUCUGCAAUCCUCAGGGCACAAGCUGCCAGAGGAGCCAGAGGUCGUGGUGGUGGUGGACGAGGAGGAGGAGGAUUCCAGAGGAGACAUUAACAUUCUUUUUUUUCAUUGACAUUAUGUGAAAUCAAACUGAACAAUUGUGACAAUGAAUGAGUAUUUUUUAAAUCUUGUAAAUGUUGUUGAUAUCCAAAACAGUGUAGUUUGGUAUUUAUCAUAAAAUCAUAACAUUCUUCAUGAUCAUGUGACAUUGUCAUGUUUUACAUUGUAUAUAAAAUAUUUGAUGUAGA